AUGAGGGAGACCUCACACCGAUUAAUAGUCCCUGGGGUCGGAGUUUCUCUGGUAUCCAGUGGCUUGGACUUGGCACUCACACCACCAGAGCUCAGGCUCAACACCCAGCCUGAUGAUCUGUCCACUGAUGACCAUCAAGAAAUUGGGAUCUGGAUUUUGUUUGCCUGCUUUUUGGGAGCAGCCUUUGUUAUGCCUGUGAGUAUAAAGCUACCACCUCAUCCCGGGCACCCUGGUUAUAUCAACUUCAGCUAUGAGAGCUCAUAUUUUCAGGUUGUCUGUAUUGACAGGACUCCAUUAUUGCUUACCCCUCUGAAGUUGUACCAGAACAUAAUAAGACACCCUUACCCGUCCUACGUUUACGAACCCAUGGCUGGCUGGCCGCACCACCAAAUCGUCCCCGUGGUAGCCCAGCAGGCUGCCCUGCAGCCUCAUCACCACUUCCCCGUGGUGCCAGCCCAGCAGCCCGCCGUCCCCCAGCAUACCAUGAUGCCACUUCCUGGCCAGCACUCCAUGACUCCAAGCCAACCCCACCAGCCACACCUCCCUGUGCCCGCCCAGCAGCCCAUCCAGCCGCAGCCUCACCUGCCCCUGCUGUCCCAGCCGCCUCUGCCUCUGAUGUUCCCCAUGCAGCCCCUGCCCCCCAUGCUUCCUGACCUGCCUCUGGAGGCUUGGCCCGCAACAGACAAGAUGAAGUGGGAGGAGGUGGUGAGUACACUGUGA